GGGGCUUGUAAUUUUGUUAGCUUAGUGGGGUGUGGCUGCCAACGACUGCAAAAAGGAAAAAGCCAUAGAAAAAAGCUCGGCAAAAAAAGCAAAGAAAUGAACGGAUACUUUACGCUGUUAAUCCUAUCUUUACUCUCUACAGGUAUCUUAUCCUUUGAGGAUUAUGUCCAAUACUAUGAGUUUGUAGCCGUCCAACCAUCAAUAAUAGAUACUUCUGAUAGGCACAUCAGUGCUUAUCUCAACUUUAAUGCUCAUGGAAGGAAUUUUCGACUGCACAUGACAACCAAUCAGCAUCUCUUCUCGACUGAUUUCAAACUAAAGUUGCAUAAAGAGAAUGGGGUCCAUCGUCAUGUUGCAAUGGAUACACGGCACAUUGUGAUUGGUCACAUUAUUGGAGAAGAUAAUUCAAUUGUCCAUGGUAAAAUAAAAGACAAUUAUUUUGAAGGAAUUAUACACAGUCAAAAAGAGACCUACCAUGUAGAGCAUAUUAAAAAUCAUUUUAAGGAGCACAGGGAUUUCAAGAAUGGUCAAAAUGUAGUGGUUUAUAAAACAAGUGAUGUAAACUUUACUCAUCCAACUACCUGUGGAAUAAGUGAUAAAUUGUUGAGAAUUCAAGAAUCAGCCAAGCACAUUAGAUACUCUAGCUCCUUCAGUAAUAGAUUGAGAAAGAGACAAUCUGAUGGUGCAUUGAAUACAUGUUCAAUGCAUGUUUAUGCUGAUUAUAAGUUUUACAGUCAAGUUGGUGAUAAUGAUGAAGCUACAACUCUGGAAAUAAUGGCAUUGCAUAUUACUGAAUCUAAUAUAAUAUACAGGGAUACUACUUUUCAAAAUGGAGAUCAAAGUUUAACAAAUUAUGGGCUUGCUAUUACAGCUGCUGAUGUAAUAGCAUCUAAUUCUCCAUCUGAGAAUCCAUUGUAUGGAAAUUUCCAAGUGGACGAAUUACUGCAAAAUUUUGCAGCAUUUGAUUUUAAUUCAGUGUGUCUUGGCCAUCUCUUUACUUAUUCUGAUUUCUCUGGUACCAUAGGACUAGCAUAUGUGGCAGAUCCAGAUGGAGGACGGGCUGGUGGAAUUUGUCAGGAGAGAACUCAAACAUUUGGAGGAGAGCUAAAUCUUAAUACUGGUCUCACUACAUUAAUAACAUUUGGUCGGAGACUACCUCAGGCAGUCUCAGUCAUUACAACUGCUCAUGAAAUCGGACACAACUUUGGAUCACCACAUGAUCCAGAAGGAACAUGUGCACCUGGUGGUAGCCAAGGCAACUACAUUAUGUAUGCUACUGCAACUGAUGGGACCUUACCAAAUAAUAAACAAUUCUCCAGCUGUAGCCGGGAUAUAAUGGGAAAGACUAUUGUCAAUAAUGGAGACUGCUUUAUAUUAGAGCCAUUCUUUCAAGUGUGUGGUAAUGGCAUUGUCGAGGGGACUGAAGAGUGUGACUGUGGAUCAAACAGUACAUGUAAAUCGAAUGAUGCUUGUUGCAGGAUUGGGGAAUGUUUAUUAGAACCUAAUGCUACCUGCAGUCCAAAUAAGUAUACAUGCUGUACUAGUGAUUGUACCCCAUCAGCAGUUGGUACUGUUUGCAGUAGAGGAGAUGAAUGUUUGGUAGAGUCUACCUGCAAUGGUCUGAAUGAGACAUGCCCAACUCCAACUCGUGACAAUUCAAGUUUCUGUAAUAAUGAUAACAAUGUUUGCGUUGAUGGAGUCUGCUCCGGGUCUGUUUGUAUUCGUUAUAAUGUCCCGUCUUGCUUUUGUACUGAGGAUAGUAAAUUGUGUGACGUUUGUUGCAUGUUUGAUGGAGAAUGUACCUCAACUUUUGAUAGGCAAGGUGUUGUGAAUGCUACUAUUCUUUCUGGUUUCCCAUGCAAAGACUUUACUGGAUACUGUGAUGAUAAUAGAGAGUGCAUCUUUGUUGACACUAAUAUACCACUGGAUGAUCUAGCGGAUUUAAUUCCUUCCUUCUCUUCCAUUGUUGAUUGGAUUAAAGACAAUUGGUACUGGGUAGUUGGAGGAGUAGCUCUUACAAUUAUAGUAAUAAUACUAUUGCAAGUGACUUAUCGUCGUAAAAACAAGAAGAAAACAAAAAAGAAAGUUACAAAUGAGAGGCCGUCAGCUGCUUCAGAGAAUUUGGGAUUAUUGGAGCAAAGGAGAAGACAGCAAACUGAAGCAACAAGAUUAUAAAUAACAAUAAUUAAAUUUUUACUAAGUGUGUGGAGUGUAUACAUGUUGCAUUUAAAUUUACAUGAAUUAAUUUGCUGACUUGUA